AUGAAGCUUCACAUAUCCCUGUCAAAUUAUGAGGUCUGCACCACGAAGAAACCAAUUUUCGAUUCUAAAGUCUUCGAAUUACCUCGACUACAAGAAAUAAACACUCGAUACUGGAGCUUGCGCGAUGCUGCUGUGAUAUCAAAUGCUUCAAAAUGGAUCGUGCUUAUGGAGGAUGAAUAUACUUAUGAGGACAUAGAAUUCGUAGAUGCGUCGUUGUCUCUUUUUGACUAUGUGGACUACAUCAGUGGGUUACAAUAUGGCAUCGAUGACUGCGACUCAGAUAGCAAUUUUGAUGACUUUGUGGAAUUUAUGAUCCGCUGGAGGUGUAAAUAUACGACGGUAGUAGCAUGCAUGCUUGCUUUGGGAAAAGAAUUAAGGUACUGGGACUACUUUAGUGACAAAGAUUAUCUACAUCUCAAGAGAUGGACAUGUAAGCUUGAUCAGCUCGGCUACAAGUUUCCUUCAAUACACCCCGACGAGAAAGAAUCGCACCGACCAAGAUAUCUUAACUGUAGGCAAGCGUAUGUGAAUCUCACCUUCGCGCCCGUCGGAAACGCCACAGUACAGGACAUUGAACUGGCUCAACAGAAAGUGCGGUAUCUGGAUGAUUUGAAGGAAUGGUGCGGAAGCGCUCUCCCACCAAAUCAACCGCUGGAACCAGUGUCUGCCACUAAGCUCGCGGUUCUGCACAGCAAAGACGUAGCAUUGUCAGAAAAGAGAGACACGGUUUUGGUGAUUAUCAACAACUACCCAUGGCAGCGAAGUCUUGGACUUUUGCAAAGAAUCCAUGAGCCUUACUUUGGUUUGACAAUAUAUUGCGGAACAUUUGACACAAAAGGGUUGGAGGAAGAAGGUUACCCACCAACUAAGGAAGCAUUUAGUUUCGUCAACGUGCAUCCUGAAGAAAUGGUGCGUGGUGUAUACCUAUACUUUUGCCUGACGAAGGUAGCAGAGAUGAGGUUGCGUAAUGUUAAAGGAUACUUUGUCAGCGCUGACGAUCUAGUCUUUAACUUCUGGCAUGAGAUAAAUCUGGAUCUAGCUUAUCAUCAGAUUGGCUUCAGAAAACUUAAGGACAUAGGCUGGUACAAUGGAACGGUAGGCACUCCAGCGCUUGAAAGGGCCAUAAAGUUGUUAACAGAAAAUUACAGAGAGUUCGAAACCGUGCAAAAUCUUCGCGACGAAUAUGAGGAAAAGGUCCGCAGACAUCAAAAUACCACAAAUGCGCUUGAUUUUUUGAUCUCAACAGAUGCCUACGCUGCUAGCGACUUUUUCUACGUUCCGUCAACAGAGAUUCAUUUCUUUGCCGAUCUGAUGCAAAUCAUGUUCGAAGCUGGAGUGUUCAAAGCGAUUGCCGUAAUCAAAUUUCUUGGUGCUGUCAAACAUAUUGCGUAA